GUCCUUGCUGGGGGCGUCAACGUUAGCUCAUAUUUUGGUUGCCCUGCAGCGUCGCGGUGGCCUGUAUUUCUUGUGCCCCCUGUGGCUAAAGUAAUCACUGCAUGCUGGCCAACCAAGGUUAGUUAUUAACUUCGCCUUUACAGUUUUCACUCACUUCUGGGGAAGCAAGAGCCGGCCAGUCAUCGUGUCAAGGCAUGCUGCCGCCCGGUCCGCACAUCUCAGCAUGGGUGACCGCGACCACUGCCCGCCGGAGAGCGCUUUAGCCUCGGCCGACCACGUCACGGUCGUGUUCCACAAACUUGCCAGUCAUGGCGAGAAAAUUAGCGAAAGCGAGAGCGACGGCGGUCGCUGCUGCGGCGACUCGGAGCCGCCGGAGGAGAGAGCGUUCGUGCGUGGGCGUCGGAACCACGGCGGGGAUGCUGUGGAGGAGAUAGCCGAUGACAAGUCGCCGGAAGGCGGCGAGAGGGAAACGCUAUGCCCGCCGGCGUCGCUCGUCAACGAGAAGGCAUCAUCCGCCGGCGGCGAGAGCGCCAGCAAAGUGAAACCAAAAAGAUAUCCCGGUCUUGGUUUGUUCUACGCCUUCCUGGCCACAGUCUUCUUCUCCAUCAUCUCGCUUAUAGUGAAGACCAUCCAGGGAGUGCACGCCAUCGAGAUCAGCGGCAUCCGCUGCUUCUUCCAGAUGCUUUUCAUUGUACCCUUACUCAUCUACAACAAGACAGGCUUCCUUGGUCCUCGGGAUAAACGUCUGUAUCUGACAUUACGUGGCUUCCUGGGCUCCAACGCCAUGAUUUUGCUUUUCUACGCUGUGCAGCAGAUGCCACUGGCGGACGCCACCGUCAUCAUUUUUAGUAAUCCAGUUUUCACCUCCCUGCUGGCCUGGGCGUUCCUGAAGGAGAAGUGUACGAUCUGGGACUGCGUCUUCACCGUCUUCACCUUGACCGGCGUCAUCCUCAUUGCUCGACCGCCGUUUCUGUUCGGGGAAAAUAUCAAAGGCAUUGAGGGAAACUACGCCAAUCAUAUUAAAGGGACCAUCGCUGCUUUUGCAGGCGCGAUCGGUGCCGCCUGCACCAUGGUGAUCCUCCGCAAGAUAGGGAAAAGCGUGCACUACCUCCUCUCGGUGUGGUAUUACGCCGUCAUCGGUUUUGUCGAGUGCUUGAUCAUGGUAAGCGUGCUGGGGCAGUGGGAACUGCCGCCGUGCGGCUGCGACCGUUGGAUGCUGAUGCUCAUCGCCGUCCUGGGCAUCGCCGGCCAGAGUUUCUUGACCAAAGCGCUUCAGCUGGAGAAGGCCGGCCCGGUGGCGUUAAUGCGGACCGUGGACGUGGUGCUGGCUUUCUUUUUCCAAUUCGUCUUCUUGGGCCAAAAGCCCAGCUUCUGGAGCCUCGGGGGGGCGCUGUGCAUCGUCGUGAGCACCAGCGGCGUGGCCUUGAAGAAGUGGUACAGCAGCUCGCGCAAAAGCUGAGAGCUAGUUUUCUUCAUUUCUUCCCAUGAAACCGGUUUGGCAAAUAAAGCUAGUCUAAGUUGAAUAUUUUUCAGACGCUUCUAAUGUAGGCGGAAGGAUUUUUACUGUCGUGCACUACUGAAGAAGCUUCUGCAGUCAUUUCUUUGUUCUUAUGUGCAAUACAAAGGUGUGAAGGAGUUUGAGUACUGCUGCCACAACAGGGGGAUCCCUUUGCGACGUGAUAAAUUUGUAAACAAGUUUGGCGAUACCACUUGUAAUUAUGUAAUUGUCAACAGAAUUUGAAGUCAUUUAUUCUGUUAAAAAUAUGGAAUGAAAAUGUAAUCCAUUCAAAAUUUAAAAAAAGUUUUUUUUUUCUUAAACUGUGCAAACAGUACCUUAUUGUACCACACAAUAUCUUAUUAGUGCUGCAACGAUUAAUCGAUUAACUCGAGUAAUUCGAUUAGAAAAAAGAUUAAAUUUUGCUGCUUCAAGAAUUAGUUUAAUCAAAGUGGCGUGUAAUGGUUUGUUUUGAAGUUGUUUGCAUUUAGUUUUAUUGAUUUGAGUGGAUACACUGCCUUCUAGUGGCAAUAAUGAAUGACAUGAUUCACAUGGCUUUUUUUAAAAAUGCAUUCAUAAUUUAGUUUAUAGAUAUAUUUAGCCGUUUUUGUGGGAAUAUGUGUUUUAACCUUCUGUUAAGAGCAUUGUAGAAAAAAAAUGCAUUCAUAAUUUAGUUUAUAGAUAUAUUUAGCCGUUUUUGUGGGAAUAUGUGUUUUAACCUUCUGUUAAGAGCAUUGUAGAAAAAAAAAAGUUAGCAUUUUAUAGCAAUAAAGCUAGCGGACUUUUGCCAUGUAAGUUAGCCAAGUGUUCUUUUGUUGUAAAUAGAUCCUAAUUUAGUUUUUUUUUUUUUUUUAUACCGUUUGAGGCUCAGUUUAGGUAUUUUAAUUUUUUAUGCCCCUUAUCCGAUUACUCGAUUAUUCGAAAUAACUAGUUCAUCGAUUAAUCGACAACAAAAGUAUAGCAUUUUAUAGCAUUAAAGCUAGCGGACUUUUGCUAUGUAAGUUAGCCAAUUGUUCUUUUGUUGUACAUAGAUCCUAAUUUAGUUUUUUUUUUUUUUUUUUUAUACCGUUUGAGGCUCAGCUCAGGUAUUUUAUUUUUUAUGGUCUUCAUACGAUUAUUAUUCGAAAUAACAAGUUCAUCGAUUAAUCGACAGCAAAAAUAAUCGAUAGCUGAUAUCUUUUUUUUUGUUUUGUAUUAGCUAUAUUGGCUUGACGUGUUCUAUCCUCACUACACUAGUUUUUCAGCUUGAUAGACCGCAAACAAGGCAAUUGUGGUUUCUGAUGCGUUUUCUACCGUCACUUUUGACAAUUUAUAAAGCUUUAGCACACAUAUGUACACUUAUGUUCAAAACAACACAUUUUAGCAAUAAAACACCUGACACAAAACAAUUAGGAUUCAAACGUCCCAUCUCGCCUGAUUAAAAUGUAAAUUUAGUCAUCAGUACUCAGUCAUAGAAGCCAAGGCGACAGUCCAGCAACACCCAACGCUGCCACCAGAGGGCUGUGUAUCCUCCAUCAUUAAACAAAAUAAAUAACGUAUUGGCCCGAGUAUAAGACGGCCCUGAUUAUAAGACGACCCCCUCUUUUUCAAGACUCAAGUUUGAAAAAAGACUUUUUGAACACCCAAUUAAUUUUUAUACAGAAAAUAAAAACAUGAUUAUAACAAUAUAUUUGAGAGAAAAAGUAUGUUAUUUUGCCUCAUUCAAAUCUUAAUAUCUGAACAUUUAAAUAUGUCAACUAAAGCAGUGUUUUUCAACUUUUUAUGAGUCACGGCACGUUUUUACAUUGGAAAAAAUCUUAGGGCACACCACAAACUAACAUCCAAAAUGACUUUCUGUACAGUAUAUUUAACUAUAAUAUAAUUCCUCAAUAUUAUCACUUACUCGAUGUGAAAUUUAAUUGAACGUGAUACAUAAUGGAGUAGGUUUCAACUUAAAACCGAGCAAUUCUUGAACGCAACAGGAGGAAUACCUCGACACCCGUCUGCACACGACCCAGAAAGUUCCACCUAAUCCUUCUUUCCCACUAAGACUCAGCCCGACGACGUCCACGUGCUGUUAACAAGGCUGAGUGUCCUUGAAAAUACCAGACAGAGGCCACCCUAAUAAUGUUAUAAAAGGUAUAAAUAAAAAAUAGAUGUGCUAACAGAUUGAGCCCCCUUUCCUUCUCUGCUGAGAUUACUACUUCUCUCCAAAUUACCUCACUUUAUGUAUACACAAGCGCUACUGUGCCCCCUACUGAUACAACUUUAAAUUGCACAAAACAAAUGCACAGCAAUGAACAAGAUCACAAUGUGGCAGUUACAAGCGAUAUUGGAGAAUUUCUCGCGGCACACCUGACGAUCUCUCACGGCACACUAGUGUGCUGCGGCACACCCUUUGAAAAACUGAACUAAAGUGCAAUCACAUUCGUAGAUGAAUGGCUUCUGGUUUUUGAAAUGUAAAUAAACCAAUCUAUUGUGAUAAAACAACAAAAUUGCAAUGACUACAUUAACCAUCAAAAGAAGUCUAACUGUAACUGUAGUCUUAAAACCUAAAUAAGGAAAAACAUUGCAAUAAAAUAAUGCAAAAUGGUUAAACUUGAGAGUAGCUGAGAUCUGUCAUGACAGAACAUCGCUUCAAUGAUAUCUGGCGCCAAUUAGCAUCGUGAAUGGGUGUAACGUCUAGACCGCGAAUAUAUGACGACCCCCACUUUUUCAGUCUUAUUUCAAUGCAAAAAACCCUCUUAUAUUUGGGCCAAUACAGUACUUUUGGACUUUUUGGAUAGUUCUUUUUUAAAAGUGUUAAUUCUGACUUACGCGGAAAUUUGGGUUACAUCGCCAGUGUAGAAAGGGAACUCGUUCGUAACCCGGGGACUAGCUGUAAGUCCUUUUAAACUUUGGAAAUCUUUUUAGUUGUUAGUAGUAGUUAAUUUAGUUAUUUUUCAAAUAAUUUUUCAAAUGAAUAAAUGCAUUCAUUUUCUGUUGACAAAUGUCAAACUUUGAGUUAUAUAACCUUAAAAAAAAAAACCAGUGGGAUGUCUAUCGCCAACAUUGACAGUGAAACAAUUGCUAUUUCUAAUACGGCAGCAGUACGAUUCCCCCUUAUUAUUUUUUAAUUGAACCUAUUUACUAAAACCAGCAUUUGCACUGUGUACCAAAACCAAAAAUUACCAAAAAUGUCUUAAAAAGACUGCCAAAAUACUUUGGAUGCACACCAGCGAUUUCAGAUCUUCAACUCUUUUUCUUAUUCAAUCACUUUCAAAUAAUGUUGCUGUUAAGGUUAGGAUUCUCUCAGGGAUCAUUUCAACCACUGGAAGAAUUGAUUUUUCUUUCUUAAAAUGUGUAGAAGACUGUUGUUUGAACUCAACAUGUGCCUUGACUGAACUCUGAAGAAGGCAGCUCUAGCUAGAAAGUAUUGGGACAAGUUCAACACUGUAGCUCUUUUGUGUAUUUGUGCUCUUAAAUUUGUAAAACCCCUUUGAAUGAAAUGUUAUUGAUUCAUAUCAGGUCAUCAAUCCGGUGGUGCUUUGAGAUAGGAAUUUAAAUUUGGAAGGGAUGAAUUAACUUUGAUUUUUUUCGCCCCUCCCAACCCAGAAAUAUUGUACGUCUAGCGUUGUAAGUGGCAGCCAGGGAGUUAAAGCAACACUUGGUAACUUUUCAACCUUUGUAAAAUAUUUUUAUAACCAUUUGUGAUAAUAUGUCGACUGACAUAUCUUGAGGAGGUCUGAAUCGCUUUCACCGGAACUAAUUAACUUUAAGGAGGGUAGCAGGAACCCUGCCACACACAAAAAAGUACUAUAAAUGUGCUAACUUUAGCGCGUACCGUGGGGCAAAUAAGUAUUUAGUCAACCACCAAUUGUGCAAGUUCUACUAAAGAUUAGAAAGGCCUGUGAUUGUCAACAUGGGUAUACCUUAUCCUUGAAAGACAGAAUGUGGAAAAAAAAUCCGAAAAUCACAUUGUUUGAUUUAUAAAGAAUUUAUUUCCAAAUUAGAGUGGAAAAUAAGUAUUUGGUCACUUACAAACAAGCAAGAUUUCUGGCUGUCAAAGAGGUCUAACGUCUUCUAACGAGGUCUAACGAGGCUCCACUCGUUAUCUGUAUUAAUGGCACCUUUUUUAACUCAUUAUCGGUAUAAAAGACACCUGUCCACAACCUCAGUCAGUCACACUCCAAACUCCACUAUGACCAAGACCAAAGAGCUGUCGAAGGACACCAGAGACAAAAAUGUAGACCUGCACCAGGCUGUUAAGACUGAAUCUACAAUAGGUAAAACGCUUGGUGAAAAAGAAAUCAACCGUGUGGAAAUUAUUAGAAAAUGGAAGAAUCUCCCUCGAUUUGGGGCUCCAUGCAAGAUCUCACCUCGUGGCGUCAAAAUGAUAACAAGAACGGUGAGCAAAAAUCCCAGAACCACACGGGGCGGCCUAGUGAAUGACCUACAGAGCGCUGGGUCCACAGUAACAAAGGCUACUAUCAGUAACACAAUGCGCCGCCAGGGACUCAAAUCCUGCACUGCCAGACGUGUCCCCCUUCUGAAGCCAGUGCACGUCCAGGCCCGUCUGCGGUUCGCUACGGAGCAUUUGGAUGGUCCAGAAUAUGGUCAGAUGAAACCAAAAUAGAACUUUUUGAUAGAAACACAGGUUCUCGUGUUGGAGGAGAAAGAAUACUGAAUUGCAUCCGAAGAACACCAUAUCCACUGUGAAGCAUAGGGGUGGAAACAUCAUGCUUUGGGCUGUUUUUCUUCAAAGGGACCAGGAUGACUGAUCUGUGUAAAGGAAAUAAUGAAUGGGGCUGUGUAUCGAAAGAUUUUGAGUGAAAAUCUUCCAUCAGCAAGGGCAUUGAAGACGAGUCGUGGCUGGGUCUUUCAGCAUGACAAUGAUCCCAAACGCACAGCCAGGGAAACAAAGGAGUGGCUUCGUAAGAAGCAUUUCAAGGUCCUGGAGUGGUCUAGCCAGUCUCCAGAUCUCAACCCCAUAGGAAAACUGGAGGGAGUUGAAAGUCCGUGUUGCCCAACAAAAGCCGCAAAACAUCACUGCUCCAGAGGAGAUCUGCAUGGAGGAAUGGGCAAAAAUACCAACAACAGUGUGUGAAAAGCUUGUGAAGAGUUACAGAAAACGAUUGGCCUCCGUUAUGAUGACGAUUGCACAAUUAGUGGUUGACUAAAUACUUAUUUGCCCCACUGUGUCACUUCCCCCUUUCUCAAUUCAUUAUAAAUGCGAAUGCUGUAAGGAUGGCAGAGCAACAAAAGAGACAAAAAGUUUUGUCUGAGGAGGAAAAAAAGAGGCCUACCAAGAUAUACAGAUUAAACAUUGGCCCGGCUUUCGCUGGCGCAAUCUCAACCGAACCCGUCAGCGGGGGUUAGCCACAUUAAGCCACACGGUUGCUAACCGUCAUAUGCUAUUGUUUAGCCACAUCUGCAUUCAUUACCUUAUUGCAUUUAUCCUUCACACAGCUGCUGGAAACAGAAAUUUUAGUGCUUUAAAUACCAUAUUUAAAACAAUGUAUUUUUUAAAAAAUACUUAAAUAAUAAUGGAAAAAAAUAUAUUUAUCUAGAUAUUUGUUUUUAAUAAUCAAAAAUAGUCACUUUCCCUGUAAAGAGUAACUCACUCACUUGCUCUGCCAUUGAUAUUUGUUCUUGGCAGAGGAUAAAUACUAUGCCUAAAAGCAAAGUUGACCAAAUACCAUAAAAACUAAAACCCUUGAAACUUAGCUAAAUUGAUGUGUAAACAAAACUGGUUACUUUUACAAGAAAACAACAAAAGAAAGACUGAAUUUGAAAUUUACAUUGCAGUCAAAAUCUUUUGAGAAAUUAAUAUGUAUCAGAGUUUGUACAAAUUUUUGCUGACAAGUUAAAAAAAAAAAAAAACGUCACUCAUAUCUCAAGGCACCACUGUUCUUUGCUUUAAAAGAAGAAAAAAAUAAAAAUAGAAACAUUGUAAUGUAGAAUCCACAUUUUCCCCUUGCUGACAUAAAUGUACUGCAUUCUCAUGUUUUUCAAUGAAUAUUUGGACCUGGCAAAACACGAGUUUCAUGCAAACAUGACGAAAAGAUUAACAUCUGAUACCUUUAUGCACCUUCAAACAUCUAAAUGUUGCUAUACCCAUUUUUAACCCCUAAAAAGUUUGGGGUGGUGUCACCACCCCACUACAAAAUGUUUUUUUUUCCUACUUAAAAAAUAACUAUUGCACGCCAUUGAUGACGCAAUACGUCCAAUUCCUUUUUUAUUUCGCUGCCAGCCCCUCAAUCCAAUAGGACAGGACGUCUCUCGCCGUCAAUGGCAGUAAAACAACCACUUAAUGCCAGCCAUCCCAGUCAAAAUAGUUUUGGUGUCUAUGACUGUCAAUGGCACUGAAUGAGUAGUUUUUGAGGUCAAGUGCUUUCCAAUGUAAUGUCAUUAUUUCUGUCAUUCUGUACAUUUCUGGAUUUCACUUUGGCCCUCCAAUAAAAUCCCUCUUGACCUCAUUUCUAUCUGCUUCAGAUUCACUCUCCUGUUGAAAAACAACUAUAGCCUCCUUUGAGGCCUGACAAAGGGUACAAAAAAUAAAACUUUGAGUCAGGCCAGGGCAUUGUUUGAUUGUUAGCGUUGUGUGUAUGUGCACACAGGCCUUUUUUGUUUAUUCGUCCAUAUAAAAACAAUGCUCACAGUUUAUCCGUGCACUGUCAAAAAACAAUGCAGAAUUGAAAUAAUAAUGUUUCAAUAGAUGAAGUCUAAAAGUGUCAUUUUGAAUUUUAGCUGAGGUUUUCCAUUACAUUUUGUGAUACGACUAGCUGUAAUGAUUUCUUUUUGCCGCUAGAUGGGAGGAUACGCAAAUGUAUGUUGACAUCUCAGCGUCUCACCUGCCUGUUUGAAUAAAAGCGUGGCUGCAAUUGACAGCAAUAGACGUCGUCCAGUGUAUUUUGACUCAGACAUAUGACGCCCAUUAGCGAGAGGAAAAUGUGGAUUUAUUAUUAUGUUAAUAUUGUUUUAGAAAUAGACAUCAUUGACCCAUUACUAGUUGCAAUAUGAGCAGGUUUUUUUUUUUGGCUCAAUAUUUUGACUAAUCUGAAUUUUUAAAUGUAAAAUUACAUGAUUCAUUUAAAUUACCCCUACACCCCACUAUUAUUUUGUGUAACUUUAAUAUUUAAGAUCUAGAGUACACUUUAUUUGUGGAAA